UAUAAAUUUACUGCCGAGUUUGGUCGUUACCUGAAUUGUGAAUGUCUGGUGAAAUGAGAUAGUAGCAAAUGAGAAACAGAGUGCAGUGACUAUCGCAGCAGCAUUCAGCAUUCAACACUUCGACACAAACACACAAAAUGGAUUCAUUUCAAAAGGAACCGUUGAAUUUAACUCUUAUCCAGUCAGCAGAGAGUGUGAAAAGUAAACAGGAUUUGUGUAAGGUUUGCAACAGUGAAUAUUGUAUAGUGAAUCAGUUCCACGAAUAUCAAAGCGAACUAAGCAUACUGAAUCCGUACCAUCGAUAUGAAUGUUCGCUGUGCGGGAAGUCAUAUUCAUGGAUAUCAACGUUUCGAACGCAUCAAAGAACUCACGUCGAAAAUAAAAAAGUCUGUUGUGGCUUUUGUUCGGAAUCGUUUGACGAUGAAUGCCAUUGGCAAAAGCAUUUGCUUGAGCAACAUACAAAAGUGUAUGAAUGCAGCAUAUGCGCGAAAAGAUUUUCACGCCAAAACAGUUUGAGUGCACACUGUCGUAUACACAAAGAGCGUGAGGCACGAUUUAAAUGCGAUUUCUGUGGCAAACAUUUUCGAUGGAAAUCAAAUUUAAAGGCACAUCUUCUGGCAUAUGAACAUCAAAGGUAUGCGUGUGCAUUUUGCCAAAAGCAUUUUGAAACGAUGGAUCGUUUACAGAAGCAUCAAGAAAUGCAUGCAAAUUCGGAGAAUCAAUGCCGUUAUUGUGAAAAAGCCUUUUUAAAGCGACACAAGCUGAAUAAUCACAUUCGGUUGAACCAUCGAAAUGUGGCCCCAUGGCAGUGUACAUUUCCGAAUUGUUCCGAAUCUUUUGGCACGGCCACCAAAUAUCGGUCGCACAUCUACGAAAUUCACGAUGCACCAAAACCAUUUGCGUGCAAAGAAUGCGAUCGAACUUUUCAAACCACACACAAUUUGGCGACGCACGAAGCAACACACGAAAAAAGUACGCAUUUCGAAUGUGACAUUUGUGGCUAUCAAUUUCAGCAUAAACGCAAUUUAAAUAGGCAUAAAAUACAGCAGCAUGGUCAAAACAAAGGGUUAAAUGACAACGACAGCAGGACUAGGAGCAGCAACAACAGCAGCCUAAUUAAAAAACUACCAACGCCGCGACCAUCGCCAUAUAUCUUUCGCCGUAAACGAUAUUUUUGCAAAAAGUGCCAUCGCUGUUUUGUCUAUCGAAAAGCUUCACUCAAUUGUAGACACUAUGACACCAGGUAUUUUCGAAAUAAAAUAAAUAACGGUUUGAAUGGUGCAGCAAAUAUAAAAACGACAGUCGACGAACAACGAACAGCAGGAGGAGGAAGGAGUGGAGGUGGAGGAGACAAAGUGGUGGACGGAAUGAAAGUUAAAAUCAGUUUGGUGACUGAAAACCGAACCAACCAAAUUAUUCCUUUGUACGAGUUAAACAUUCCAGCUGUGGACUCAAUCUCAACAACUGCUAUUGACAUUACCAACUCAAAAACAAUGGCAUUCGACAGUGAACAUCCAACUAACAUUGAGCCAAUUAUAUUGGUACAAACAUUCACUACUCCAUUAGAUUCAAUAACCUUAAACAACUCCAUUAAACAAAAUAUUUCUGUUGACAUUUCAAACGAAGUGGAUCCUUUUGAAACGUUUUGUAAAUCGCUCGCUCCGGAAAUUAUCGUCAUCGAUGACAGCAAUAGCAGCUCUGGUGAAGAAGAAACAUUUCUACGGAAUGCGGCAGAAUCAUCAAACAAGCAUCUAGCAUGCUCAUCGGAAUCUCAACGUUGAUCCAUUGCUUUGAUCCAUUUCAAAAUACUUAUUCAUAAAAUCCAGAGUUGAACCUGUCGAGAUAAAUGCACUCUAAAUUGCUUUGCGCGGUUAUACCUUGUUUUUAUUGCACUUUAUUCUACAUCCACUAUUUUUAGUCGAAUCAAUAUUAAAUUAAGCUUUAUUAAUAAAUACCUUCCGAAAGGUUGUUUAGCCAA